GGGUCUGGCUGCCCUUCCGCUCGGACGUCCUAGGUGUCGCUGUUGUCCACCUUUGCGCCGGAGCCCGGAGUGUCCCGGGCGGCACGUGACCGUCGGGGAGGUAGGGGGCUCAAGUCCAUUUUCAAACCUCAUUGGCUCAGCAGUCAUGUGGUUGUGUGCAGAGGCAUCCACAAUUACACAGGGAAUGUUUUCGUAGAGAUGUCAGCCUACAAAGGACACAAUCCCUCUUCUGCAAAUUCCUCCCCAAAAUGUCCUUUCCCAACAGCUCUCCUGCCGCCAACACUUUCUUAGUCGACUCCUUGAUCAGUGCCUGCAGGAGCGAUAGCUUUUACUCCAACAGCGCCAGCAUGUACAUGCCACCUAGCGCAGACAUUGGGACCUAUGGGAUGCAAACCUGUGGACUCCUGCCGUCCCUGGCCAAAAGGGAGGUCAGUCAUCAAAACAUGGGUAUGAAUGUGCAUCCGUAUAUACCUCAAGUAGACAAUUGGACGGACCCAAACAGGUCCUGCCGGAUAGAGCAACCUGUUACGCAGCAGGUGCCCACUUGCUCCUUCACCACCAACAUCAAGGAGGAGACCAAUUGCUGCAUGUAUUCCGACAAGAGGUCCAAGCUGGUGCCCUCCUCCGACGUCCCUUCCUACCAGAGGCUGGUCUCUGACUCGUGCCCCAUUGAAAACCCUGAGGUUCCCGUCCCAGGAUACUUCAGGCUGAGCCAGACCUACGCCACGGGGAAGACCCAAGAGUACAAUAACAGCCCCGAGACCAGCUCGACUGUCAUGUUGCAGCUCAACCCUCGCGGCGCCUCCAAGCCGCAGGUAGCCUCCCAACUUCCGAUGGAGAAGAAAAUGAGUGAAAACCCCAACAACAACAGCAGCAGCACCGGCGGCGGUGGAGGAGGCAGCAACAACACCAGCACCAGCACCAGCAGCACCAGCAGCACCAGCACCAACCACCACCACCACCAUCACCACCACCACCAUCACCAUGCAGACAACUCCUCCAAAGUAGCCCAAGUGGAAAGUCCCGAGCCUAAGUCCAGCCUGCAGGAGGACAGGAGCUGUCUGGCCGAAGCCUCCGUCUCCAGCCCAGAAGCCCAGGAGAAAGAAAGCAAAGAGGAAAUCAAGUCCGAUACUCCGACCAGCAAUUGGUUAACUGCAAAGAGUGGCAGAAAGAAGAGGUGCCCUUACACUAAACACCAGACACUGGAAUUAGAGAAAGAGUUCUUGUUCAAUAUGUAUCUCACUCGAGAGCGCCGCCUAGAGAUCAGUAAGAGCGUAAACCUCACUGACAGGCAGGUCAAGAUCUGGUUUCAAAACCGCAGAAUGAAGCUCAAGAAGAUGAGCAGGGAGAACCGGAUCCGAGAACUGACCGCUAAUCUGACCUUCUCUUAAACUGGUUUACCCCAAGGUUGACAAAUCACUGAGAUUACAGUUGCUUCA